AGGUCGUGCGACAGCAAGGUCGCUAGCACGUCGCUAGGUUAUCUUUGCAUAUCUAGAAAUAUUUGCAACCAACUUGGUGCAAAGUAUAGGGUACAAACACUGACCAGUUUGUCAAUCAAGACUCAAGACUGAUCAAACAUGACAUCAUUUGUGACCAUUCCUGCUGGAAGUGACUUCACUAUGGCAAACCUCCCCUAUGGAGUUUUCUCUACAUGUGAAAAUCCGACACACCGGAUUGGUGUGGCCAUCGGCUCUAUGAUCCUGGAUCUCAGCGUGAUUGCCCACCUGUUUACUGGGCCGGAGCUGGCUGCACACCAGGAUGUCUUCAAAAAGCCCGUUCUGAAUGGUUUGAUGGGUCUGCGGCGGGCGGCCUGGGCCGAGGCCAGGGCGACCAUUCAGAGUCUGCUGUCGGCCAAUAACCAGACGCUGCAGGGCGACGCUGGCCUCGUGUCCAAGGCUCUGGUGCCGCAGUCGUCUGCCACCAUGCACCUUCCGGCUGACAUUGGCGACUACACCGACUUCUACUCGUCGCUGGACCACGCCACCAACGUCGGCACCAUGUUCAGGGGCAAGGAGAACGCCCUGAUGCCCAACUGGAAGUACCUCCCAGUGGGGUACCACGGACGGGCCUCCAGCGUAGUGGUCUCUGGCACUCCCCUGCGCCGACCGCUCGGUCAGACGCGACCUGCCGACGAUCAGCCGCCCGUAUUCGGGCCCUGCCGGCUGAUGGACUUUGAGCUCGAGAUGGCCUUCUUCUACGGCGGGCAGGGUAACGCGCUGGGCGAUCCAGUGCCCAUUGAACGCGCGCAGGAUCACAUCUUCGGCAUGACGCUAAUGAACGACUGGAGUGCUCGCGACAUCCAGAAGUGGGAGUACGUGCCGCUGGGCCCGUUCACGGCCAAGAACCUGGGCACCUCUAUCUCGCCGUGGGUGGUGACGAUGGAGGCCCUGGCGCCGUUCGCCGUCGAUAACUACGUCCAGGACCCGGAGCCGCUGCCGUACCUGCGCCACCAGGACCGGUACACGUUCGAUAUCAACCUGGAGGUGGCCAUCAAACCCGAGUCGAGCGGCCAGGAGUCGGUGGUGUCCCGCUCCAACUUCCGCCACAUGUACUGGACGAUGAAGCAGCAGCUGGCUCACCACAGUGUCACCGGCUGCACCAUGCGGCCUGGUGACUUGCUCGCCUCGGGCACCAUUAGUGGACCGGAGCCCGAGUCGUACGGCUCGAUGCUGGAGCUAAGCUGGCGCGGCUCCAAGCCGCUCACCCUCGCCGACGGCAGCACGCGCAAGUUCCUCCAGGACGGCGACGAGGUCAUCAUGAGAGGUGUGUGCGAGAAGGAAGGCCUCCGGGUGGGCUUCGGCGAGUGUCGCGGAGUCGUGCUGCCGGCCCGCGCCCAGUGAUCUGACCUGACCUGGGCCGGGUCGCCGCAGUCACGUGACCCGGUCACGUGCUGCCAUGAGGUGCAGCAGCAGCAGUCGCUGUUUUGGUGGUGGUUAUUGGGGCCUUGUGACGUCGGUUCUUACGAGCAGUCACGUGCCGCGUGCGCCCCGCGCAGUGUGUCAGCCCUGUCAUCUGUUGGCGACAUUUGAUACUAACGGCCAGUGUUGAACAGGGCCAGGGUUGUGAGGCUAAGAGCUAUUCCAGAUACUGCGGAAACCAGGUGCAAUACUCGAUAUUCCAGAUCGGUGCCAUAGUAGAAAUGGUGCGUAUGUUGCGGCGAGGAGUGAUGGAUUGUUUCCCGUUCAUAUGGGUUGCUUUGGUGAUGGGUCUUUGCACGUUGUCGUGCCCUUUGCAUCUUCGGUACUGUUUUUGAUACAAGCAUUUUACAUCAGCUUCAUAAUACAGUUUUCUCAAUCAUG